AUGGGUGCCGGCAGCAUGAAGGCUCUGGGUCGGCACUUAGAGAAAAAGCCUCCGCCCCACUUGCGAGACGCCGCCGGUGUGACGAAUACCCUUGGUGCAGUCUCUAGGUCGCGGGAUUUGAGCCUGCGCGGUAGCGAGCAUUCGCGGAGGCGACAACAAACGCCGACAGCAUUUGGAAUAGAUGAUGAGUACCAGGUUGAUGACUACGAUCUGGCUUCCCGCAGCGGCGCGGGCUCGCGACGCGAGUCUUCCCGUGGAAGCAGCGCAUCCCCGGAUCUUCCAGGUCCGGAAAUUGAGGAGUUUGUCUCCUUUCGAGCCCCUUCGGUUCGUGCGUGCCGCGUGUGUGGAACAUCUGUUCCACAGCAAGCAAGGUACUGCUCGGAUUGCGGGAGUCCCAUUCCUGCGGAAAAUGAGAUCCGCUCGCCAAGAGUGGUCACUGGGAGUGGCAACAGCGGCCGUCCCGUUUACUGUCGCAAGGUUAAGGUGUCAUACAAUGAGCGGAGUGUGCUCGGUAUGGGGGCGAAGGGUGUGGUGUACAGAGCCAUCGACAUCGACUCGGGGCAGCCGCUCGCAGUGAAGGUGAUGUACACCAACAUGGACGAUGAGGCAGAGGUCAAAGCUGUUCGAGGGGAAUUGCGGCAUCUGUCAACACUGCAGCACCCCAACAUAGUAGAGUAUAUGGGGUGUCUCCUCGAAGGAGGCAGGGUGUCUAUAUUGAUGGAGCGGCUAGAGUGUGGCUCUCUGGAAGAAAUGCUCAAGCAGUUCCCAUCUGGGAUCCCAGAGAAGGCGAUACGUUCUUUCACACUUCAGCUUGUGAAGGCGAUAGCAUAUGUGCACGACUGUGGUGUGACCCACAGAGAUAUUAAACCAGCAAAUAUUCUUCUGGCAUCUGAUGGUACUAUUAAACUUGCUGAUUUUGGCUCCGCGUGCCUUGCAGGAGCACCAGGUGGAAAAACAGAUGGAGUGAAACUUGCUGGCACGCCGGCGUACAUGCCACCGGAGACGGUAGAAACGGUUGGCAAUCGUAAUAGAGACGCGUUCGUUUAUGGUAAAGCACACGAUGUGUGGAGCAUUGGCUGUUGUGUGCAUCAGCUACUGAGCGGGGAAAUCCCAUGGGGGGGUUUCGGUGUCAAGCACGGCUUUGCGUUAUUGGCACAAAUAAGGAAAAAGUUUUUUCCUGUCUCAGAAGCCCUCUCGCCGAUGGCAAAGGAUUUUCUUUCCAUGUGCUUUCGGCAGGACCCGUUGAAACGGGCGUCUGCUGUGCAGCUACUGAUACAUCCAUUUCUCGAAGACGACGACAAGGAAGAGGGAGGGGAGGUGGACAGUGAUGAGGAAAAUGUGUAUUCCUGGAUACGUCUCCUAAGUCGCAGGAUGUGA